AUGAAAACGCUGCCUUGGAUCGUCGACCAGCGCCACUCUACCGGCUAAAAUUAUAAUUGAACAAUAAAAAUGUAUUUUUUCCCAAUUAGAGCUUGCGCGUAAUAUUAAAAAAUAUUUUGAGCGGAUUUUUAUCAAGUUUCGAAUAAAUCAGACUUGCGAGCGAGUAGUUGUAGGUAUAUAUAACCCGUGUGCAUAUAUAUAUAGCUUAUCUGCUAUACUAUAGUAUCAACAUAUGAUGCGAUGUCUGCACAUGGUCGAGAGUCGUCGUGAUCUACCGAUUUGCUGAUUUAUAAUAUGGUUCUUGGAUUUGAUCUUUAACUUUUCAAAAUGCCACUUUGUAGAAAAUUAGCUACUAGAUUAAUCAACGCAACAAAUAAUUUAAGAUACACAAGCACUGCUGCUCAACCCAUUCAGCUUCAGGAUGAAUUAAUACAAACUUUUCGUACUAAAGAAAACAAUCCAUCCAAACACAGUGCCGUUCAUCUUCACAGAUACUACACUAUACCGUACAAUGAAAUCAAUACAAUUUUUGCUCAAACUAUACCUGGAGAAUAUAUAAAACAAAACAAAACUUUUCAAGAAAUGUGUCUUUUAAUUAGAAAACCAGCGAUUGAAAUUAUUAACUGUCUCUCGCAAACGGACUACACAAAACCUGUCAACAAAUAUGUUCUCUAUGGAGAAGAUGGAUGUGGUAAAACAUCAACUCUUCUUCACUUGAUUCACUACGGAUAUGUUACCAAAAAAAUUAUUGUCAAUGUACAGUGGGCUCCAAUGUGGUAUCGAUUCCCUAGAGAAGUAGCCAAUUCAACAACUAGAGAGGGUUUUGUAGAUUUACCAAUUGAUGCAGCAGCUUGGCUUCUCAAUUUCAAAAAUCAAAAUAGAUUGAUACUCAAUCAAGUUGAUUUGAAAUUAUCAAAUGCUUAUGAAUGGAGUAGCCAAGAAUCUAGUCUAAAAGGUUCUCCUCUCAUAGAAUUGAUAGAUUUUGGAAUUCAGAGAGUAAAAUAUGCCAGCGAUAUAGUAAUUGCACUAAUGAGCGAGUUAAAGCAAGCUAGUAUUGCUGGAAAAUGUAAAAUUAUGGUAGCCAUUGAUUGUUAUAAUGCAUUUUUUGCUAAUGAGACAAAUGUGAAAAAUGAUGCCAAGCAAAAAGUCCCAGCAUCCAAGGUUACUUUGACUCAAGCUUUUCUCGAUAUUACUAAAUCUGAUUGGUGUAAUGGAGAGAUAAUUCUUGCAGUUGAUCAAUUUUCUACCAAGGAUGUCCGAGACUCUUAUUUUCCACGAUACUUACUUAGAAAGGAAGGCUUUGAUCAUCUUGAUCCAUUUUUGCCGAUAGCUGUUGAAAAUUAUUCUACAGAUGAAUUUGAUACUGUUAUAGAAUAUUAUAAAAAUAGAAAAUGGAUUAGAAAACUUUCUCCAGAAGGACAAAAAGAGUUAGAAUUGGUAUCUGGUAAAAAUCCUUAUAAGUUGAUGGAAUAUUGUAAAAACUUGUAAGGAAAACACCGAUUUGGAUUUUAUAGCAUACCAGUAAUAAGAGUAAUAGUAAGCAGUUUUUGUACAUAUAUUUUUCAAAUCUAUUUAUUGGUCAAGUAUUGUUUACAUUAUUACAUAAAAAUAUCAAAUAAAUACAAUCUUUCAAGGUAUA